ACACCCUUUUUGAGUAUUGAUUGAAGAAACUUUUAAAAAAAUCUUGAAGAAAAUAAAUUAUAUAUGUUUCGAUGCAGCUUUAUCUCUUCUAUCCAAGAGUGAAAAACGCAGUUCUCUAUCGUGUUUCUAUCAAAAGUUAUGCACGAUCGAAAAUGAAUCGGUGACUUUUGGGCCACCCUGUACAAAUGUGUAAAAGCUUUUUAUCGUGAUUUUUAUAAAGAAAAAGUAUUAACUGAACAAUUAAAUGGAACUUCUUCGUCAAAAGAGAGAGAAGGUACAGUUAAACAUGUGUAAGAGAAAUGCACUUUGCGGUGGAUCGGAUACAUCUUCUCUGAAGGUCAUUGUACUGAAAAUUCCUAUCAAUUAACAGUGCUUUUUUAACUUAAAACCUAAAAACUAUUAAUAUUCAUGUUCAAUCGAUUCAAAAAGCAAAGUUAUAUUUUAUUUUCAUUAGUAUUCUUUGUUUUUUAGAAUACAAUUGAUUUAUAUGGACUAUUGUACACAAGCGAAAUUAAUAUUUAUGGCAAAGUCGAAGAUGAAAUUCCAUGUGUUUUGUGAUGACGUCGAUUAUCAUAGAUUUUAUUUUUAUGUUCCAGCAUUCGCAAACUAGUUUUUUGCAAAAAUUGCUUAUUUAAUUUUUUGUUAAAAUAAACCAAGUUUACAUUGAUCAAUACAUAGAUUAACUAUUAAUUUUUUUAAAAUCCUUCUUAACUCAUCAUUUGAUGACGAUUCACUGAAAUAGUGAAAAUAUAUUUGUAUUUAAUAAUCUUUGUUUUAUGUUAUUAUACGGAAGAAUCUGUCCAACCCUAUUUUCCUCUUCAAAUUGUUUUUUCUCUUGAUAAUGAUCAAACAAUAAUUGCAAUUGAUGAAAUAAAUUAAUGUGCUUAUCAAUCAGUUACUUUUAGCUUUUCUCCAGUAUCACAAAUAUCUUAUGCUUUGCAACAUUUUCCAUAUGCAAGUCCUAAUUCUCCUCAAUCAAAAUAUUAUGUUCAGUUGAUGUUAGGUUAUUCAUCACUCGAAUCUUAUCUUGAUCUUGGGCUUACGUAUUAUCCAGAAUUUACAACGAUAAAAUUGCAUCAAACUACACAAUUUUAUAUUUCCCUUUCUAAUCCAUCACAUCGAAUUAACGGAAAUGGUACUGUUCGUGUUCAAUGGAAUACAACUGAAUGUAUGGAUUGUUUUACAUUAUCACCAAAAGAAUUUCAUUUUAAUAUUAAUAAUUUUCAAGAAAAACAAAUAUUAACAACAACUCGUAUUAAAAAUGCACCUAAAACAUUCCUUAUUCCGAUUAUAUAUGGCGAAGGUUACGAGCUUAUUCCACCAGGAAGGUUUCUCAUUUAUAUUGAUUAA